AUGAAGAAUCAAUCUCACUUACAAAGAGGGAGAUAAUAUUUCUCUUAGAACACCUUAAUAUUAAGCCUUGAUCAGUAGAAAUUCACAAUUCAGAUAGGACAGAACUUUAUUUUCAAAUUAAAUGCCAAGAACGAUGGUCAAUGUAACCUAAAUCGAGGAAACAAAUCACUCAAAACUUUCAAAUAGAACUUCCUUAAAGCUGCAAAAUUAAAGAGGAUCCAUCAAAAUGAAAAUAGCAUUAGAUAAAGUGAGGAUACAAAAUAAUCUACUAAACAGAGUAGCCAAAUAAUUAAUAAUCAGCACCAUGUUACUACCAUGUCUUUAAACAAAUAAAUUCUAUUCAAAAGGAAAGCAAAACCCUUGAUUGAAAUAGAUGAUGAGACAAGAAUGAUGCUAAACUAGGAUCAAGAAAGGAUUCUAGAUGUAGCUAAGAAUUUUAAGCAUAAUGAAAUUAAAGAUAAGCUAUAAGAGCUCCUUGAUAAGUCACAGAUUUAAUCUUCUCUAGAUACCUAAAUAUAUCGUCAUGGAAAAGAAAAGGAAAACUUAGAGUAGUAAAAAGCAAAGACUAUCCAAGCACAGGCAAAAAUUAGAUAAUUUUACCAAAGGCAAAAAGACAAUAAAUCGUUUGAAUAAUUCUCUUAAAAGCCUAAGGAGCCAUCAGUUGCCAAAAUGCUAAUUGCUGGAAAUGAAGCUUAUGUUGGAGACAUGAUUGAAGGAAUAAGGAAGAAGAUUGGUUUUUACAACAGAAAGUAACAAAAUAUGAGUAACUUAAUUAAUCUCUGCAUCAAUAAGCAGAGCCAUUCGAAAUCUUUUACAGAUUUAAAAUAGAGUAGAUAAGACAAUACCUCACCGCCUAUCAAUAAACAUUAUGCCAACUUAGGAUUUACACAAGAUGAUUCUUUUUAGCUAAAUGAUGACUCAUCGAAAGUGUCUCCUACAAAAAAAGAUUCAACUUUGGCCUAUGAGUAAAUUGAAAAAGUCGUUGAUAGAGUAAACCUAACUUUUGAAAAAAGACAAUAGCAAGUAUAAAAUCUCUAAGAAAUUAUGAGGAAAAAAGUUGAAAUAAGACCAAAUUAAGAUCUUAUGAAAAUGUAGCAAUUGCUUAAUACUUUGAAUCAAAUCGAAACCGAGUAGGAAAGAUAAAUGCAAAAACCUCCUAUAAACAUCCUCGAGGAUUCUUAAUAAAAUUCCAUACUUUAAAAAGACUUCUUUUAGUCAUUGGCAAAAGAUAAAAAGACCUGGGAGGUACUUAUUAAAGAUGAUGACUUUGAGGAACUAGUUUAAGAUAUGUCUAGUCAUUAUGGUUAUCACCCAGAGAUUAUAAAUGAAGAUAAUUUGUAUGAGAAAUCAAGGAAAUAUGGCUAUUUUAUGCGCAAAAAGAAGCAAUAGUAAAAUGCAAUUCAUAAUCUAGAGCAUGGGAAUGCAGACCUAAAUGACAAUAAAACUUAGAUAGGUGUUAAAGAUUUAAUGAAAGAUACGAGAAUGGUUGAAAGAUACUCUAGAUACUUAAACAGAUGUUUGUUUAUGAACAAAGACCCAUUUAUGAAAAAGAAACAUCAAUCUUAUUUACUCAGAAAUCAGCCAAAACAAGGUGAGAAUUUCUUCGAAAGAAUGGACAGAGAUUAGAUAGUAAGAGAAUUUAGAAAACAAUCUUUGAUUUAGCCUCAGGAAUCAUCAUCAAAAUCUAAAGAUGAAAUGGCAAGAAGAAGCCGAGUAUAAUCUAGUAGAAUCUAGACUCGUAAUGAUGCUGCUAAAAUGACAUUCAAUUCACUUAAUGAAAGCAGGAAAAAACAAAGACAUACUUUGAAAGUAGAGUCGUUGAUAAAUAAAAAUUUAUUCAUGAAAAUUUUUGAAGUACCUUCCUAGAAAAAUGACAAUAAUGAGGACUUAAAUAACAGUUUAUGA